UUUAUUCGAUGACACUAAUCUCGAUCUCGAAUGUAAAUAUUUCAUUCUGUAUCGUGAAAAAGGAAAAUAUAUUGAUUUUCACCCUUUCUGUGUCCUCACGACAUGCUCUCUAACUGAAAACUUUCCAGAAAUAAUCGAUAGAUUGGUCACGAAACUCCGCAGUCAUCGAUUGAAGUUCUUCACGAUUCGAGGCAAAUUUUGCUCUAUUUUAAAGCGUAGUAGAUACGGUAUGUUAUCGCGUAGGAAAGUGAAAACAUGUUAAAGUUAUGGAGUUCAAAAAAGUCGAGCUCAAAAACAGGGAAAUUCAAAAUUUCCCGGGGAAUAACGAAGGAAUACAGAGGAAGACUAGUGCGGAGAUUAUUAAUGAAGCACGACUAGCUAUCAAAGAAAGUCAGAAUCCCGAAAAAAACUAUGCAUCUCCGACGAUCAAGCCUCUACAAACACAAAGACCGUUCACACCGAGAAACAAAGAGAGGCAUUUGUUUGGAAGUAGCAGACCCAAAGCUGACAGACCACCUAGUUCGUUCAGCUUAAAAUAUCUUCAAAACGAGACAGACUUGCCUGUAACACCCCCAGACGAUAUUCAAGCUGCUUCGGAAAAGAACGGGAAAUACUUGAAGCAUGUCAGGAUCAAAAAACAUAACCGUUCGAGCUCACUGAGCGAAAUCACAGAGAAUAUUUUCAAUAUCACCACCAAAGAACCAAGGAAAGUGAAACUACCAUCGCUGGACAGCGUCAAACCCCUACAAAAAAGAAAACUCUUUGCUAACACCUCUUUGGAUAACUUACCCGAAGAAACUGAACCCGCUCUGGAGAAACCGAUCGUCGAAUCCCGUAAAGCCUUCAGCUCACCCCAAGAACGAACCAACUUUGAAUCAGACUCAGACUCGUCGGUGUUUGGCAGGCCCUCAAUUAGACACAGCAACCUCUCGGAAUGCCUUCUCCUGGGGCCCCAAAACCUGAGCAAGAUCUUCGAGAACAAGCAGAUCGUCGAGCACUCAGAGUCGCUGUUUACCCAGACAGGUUACCUCACAAAACAGCUCGUGUCGCACGCGCACAAGCAGCAAAACGAUCCGCAUAACCUUCAACGCUCAAUUUUAGCGGAGGCCGAUCAAAAGAGGACUGUGGAGAUGGUGCUCAGCGAAUUGAAUCGGGUGGAUGCUCAAAAGUACGAUGAGGAUGUUGUGAGGAGGUUGUUGGAGGAGUUGUAUGAUGUUAUGGAGCAGGAUGAUUUGAUUGGGAAUAAGAUUAGCUCUAAGUUGAAGAUUGUGAUUUUGAAGAAUUUGUAUAGGUUUGUGGAAUCGAAGAACGAAGAUAUUCUGAUAAAUAUAGCUCAAGUUAUCCUAGCUAUAAAAGUUACUGGCAAUAACCUUAGCGGUGUGUGCAAAUUGGUCUUUAAGAUAUCGAAAAAUGACAAGAACGACCAUUUAUUUUUUAGAAAAAACUUUCUAGAACUAUUUCUGGACGCCUUGGGUCGGUCCAGUCCUAUAGAUGAUGCAGAGGCUUGUGUAUAUGGCUAUGGUUCCAUUAAAUUCCUGACCAUGAACUCAAAAUUGAUGGAAAAAAUCUUAGAUCUGGGUAUUUUACCCUUGAUGGUAUUGCAUAUAAAACUUAUCAACAAUGCUAAGAUUGAUAAAACACCUAUGCCACAACAGACCAACCACGUUAUGUUUCAACUGACAGGAGCUUUAAGAAACUUGGUUUCUGAAGAUCGUAUUUAUGAUAACUUUAUUUCUUCUGGAGCUGUGGUACAACUAUGUCAAACUCUUAACGAAUUCUCAAACGAUGUUGAUAUCGUUACCAAUAUUUCCAGAACUCUCAGUACUAUAUCAACCAACGAGGUGUGCUGCGAUAGUUUAGACGAAAUCUCGCAUCUGUACAAGACUUUCAUAAAACUGUUCGCCCUGUAUACGGAAAACGAAGAAAUCAUAGUGAGACUGACUUAUACGCUAGGAAAUAUCGUGGCAAAACUUGAUAAUACCAGAGUUAAGUAUUUCAAAGAAGAGAAUUCGAUAGACAGUUUGUUGCAUCUUUGGUCGACAUAUUUGGAGAAAACUCUGCAUAUAUGUGCUUUGAAACAGGAGAAUUCAAUUUUUUCUGCAAGUAACAGCGAGGAUGUCAUGAUAAAGGUUAUUCGUGUGAUAGCCAACAUUGUAAUAAACCCGGAUAUAGGCAAAGCUAUCAAUGAACAAUAUGGCAACAAACUUAUUGAAGAAUUUCUGAAAGUACUCAUCAGCAAUCCUUUCAAGAAAAACGAAGAAUUAGUACUAUCUAUCUUAAGUACUUUGAAUAAUUUAUCCUAUUAUUACUCCAGUGACUUGGAAUUGGAUAUAUUCCAUGUCAAACAGAUUGAUAUUGCUGAAGGUAUAUUAGAGUAUACAAGAUCGAAAAAUAAUGAAUGUAUUAUCGAGACUAUGAGGAUAUUGGGUAAUUUGUCUAGAUCUAAGAUUACAAGAAGUUAUAUCGCAGAAACCGAUUUGUUUGAUGUUCUUCUGAAUAUUUUAAAUACAGAUGAAAUGACGCUUUUAAAGACUACAACUGGUGUGUUUGUUAACGUUCUCUCUGAAAACAGAUCGAGAACAAUCUUCAAAAAUAAGGGAGGUGUUCAAAAAUUGAUAAAUAUACUGAAAAAGUAUUGUGAAGACGACUGGCUGCUAGGCAGUUUAGUGUGUCAGGUUCUUUGGAACUACUGCAUAGAUACUCUGGAUUUAUAUGAACUGCUCACAGAUUCCGAGAUUAACCAAUUGCUAAUUCUACUUGCAGAUUAUUUAGACGAAGAAAAACUAUUUGGCGUGGAUGAAAACAUCGAGGAAGUCGAAGUUUACGUCACUCAAGAGUACUUGAUGUGGGAGGAGUUUGCCAACGUUGCCACGAAUCUUCUGGAGAAAAUUGAAUAUUUUCUGGACACAUUUGAUCAAAUCCAAAUACCGGAAGACCAGAACCCGAAAAAACCGACCAGGGAUUCGAAUACGAAUAUUAGUUUUGCCGCUUGGUAGAUACAGUGUAUAAAAAAAUGUAUUGUUAUAAUAUAAUGAAACAUAGAUUUUAUUAAUAUAAAGUUUGUAGCAUAA